AUGGCAGCCAGGGGUGCAAGAGUUAUACUUGGUUGCCGUAAUUUAAAAUCAGCGGAAAACAUAAAAGAAGAAAUUAUUGGAAAAACUGGCAAUACCGAUAUUGUUAUCUAUCCAUUAGAUUUUGAAUCAUUAUCAUCUGUACGAAAAUUUUCAAAACUAGUUCAUGAUAAUGAAAGUCGAUUAGACAUUCUCAUUAAUAAUGCUGGAGCUGGUGGACUGGGAAAUAAAACUACUGAGGAUGGUUUACAUAUUGGUAUGCAAGUGAAUCAUUUCGGACCAUUUUUAUUAACAAAUUUACUUCUUGAUUUAUUGAAGCAAUCAGCGCCAAGUCGAAUUGUGACUGUGGCUUCGCUAAUGCAUGUAACAUCUUGGCUAGACCCAAAUAAUUUGAAUAAAAGUUUAAAUGAUAUCAUUAAUUACAGUAAUUCAAAACUAUGUAACAUUUUGAUGAGCAAUGAAUUAGCUGAAAAAUUACGUGGAACAGAUGUAAUCUCCAAUAGUUUACAUCCAGGAUCAGUGCGAACACAGUUAUUUAGAAAUGUUCGUUGGUAUACCCCUAAAGAAGGAGCCCAAACCACAAUCCAUUGUGCAGUAUGUGAAAAAGUAGAUGGAGUUACUGGCAAAUAUUAUCAAGAUUGUAAACAACAAUGGACAUCAAUUCCAGCACGCAAUAAACGAUUAAGUGCAAAAGUCUGGGAUGAAAGUGUAAAAUUAGUGAAGUUACAAAAACAUGAAAUUCAUUAUUAA